GAGUAACAGUUUUGGGGAGGGGGUUGAUUUUAGGUAAAUGAAAUUCGAUUUUAGAAAUGGAAAUCACCUCUCAAGUGUGAUGCUGGAAAGCCCGAGGGUGAUGUUAAGAGCGUUUAAAGGCUAAUCCAUGCCUUCAUCCUAGACUGAGAAGACUAUAGCCACACACACGGAUGGUGUGUCGUCGUCUGACCAUUGGAGAAAAGCAGAAAGUUUUGAAGGCACUGCAUCUGAUAGUGCGGAUCGUGUGAGAGUGAACGGUGGGAUGAAACUCAUCUGUUCUUUAUUCACCGCAUGCUGUCGGACUAUCUGGACUCAUUGUGCCUAGGAAGACGACGGCAACUCCAACUAAUAAUGCGGCGCGACUGAUCAUCGACAGGAGACAAUAACCAUUUCCAUUCUAACAUAUUCAUCCUUGGAUAUCUGUAGACAAAGUGCGGCGAAGAACCUUUUGUUCUACUGUGUUUCUCGCUGUAACGGGACUUGUUUCAUUUAGAUCGAUAUGACGUCUCCGGCUAAAUUCAGAAAGGACAAGGAGAUUAUAGCCGAAUAUGAAACGCAAGUUAAAGAGAUCCGAGCCCAGCUGGUAGAGCAGCUCAAGUGCUUGGACCAGCAAUGUGAGCUCCGCGUGCAGCUCCUGCAGGACCUGCAGGACUUCUUCCGCAAGAAGGCCGAAAUUGAGAUGGACUACUCUCGCAACCUAGAGAAACUGGCCGAGAGGUUUCUGGCCAAGACACGCUACACAAAGGACCCUCAAUUUAAGAAAGAGCAGAAUGUGUUGUCUCCAGUCAACUGCUGGAACCUUCUGUUGGCUCAGGUGAAGAGAGAGAGUCGAGACCACGCCACGCUUAGUGACCUCUACCUCAACAACAUCAUACCACGCUUCGCUCAGGUCAGCGAGGACUCAGGACGCCUCUUCAAGAAGAGUAAAGAGGUGGGCCUCCAGUUACAGGAAGAUAUGAUGAAAGUCCUCAACGAGCUGUACACGGUGAUGAAGACCUACCACAUGUACAACAUGGACAGCAUCAACGCAGAGAGCAAGCUAAAGGAGGCGGAGAAACAGGAAGAGAAGCAGAUGAGCCGCAGCAUCCGACAUGAGGACAGAUUGACCCCGCGCUCGCCCGACUCCCUCACACACAUCAAGAACGAGGAGAAACACGUGCGCCGCAGCUCCGUCAAAAAGAUCGAGAAGAUGAAGGAGAAACGGCAAGCGAAAUACACUGAAAAUAAGCUGAAAGCCAUUAAAGCCAGGAAUGAGUACCUCUUGGCUCUGGAGGCAACCAACAGCUGCGUCUUCAAAUACUACAUCCAUGAUCUAUCUGACCUCAUAGAUUGCUGUGACCUGGGCUACCAUGCCAGCCUGAACCGUGCACUUCGUACCUACCUCUCGGCUGAGUUUAAUGUGGAGACGUCCAAGCACAGUGGUCUGGAGACCAUUGAGAACGCUGCAGAGAACCUAGAGGCCAACGAUGACAAACAAAGGCUCAUGGAGACCUACAACAAUGUCUUCUGCCCUCCGAUGCGCUUCGACUUCCAGUCUCACAUGGGUGAUAUGGUUGGAAACCUGUGUGCCCAGCAGCCUUUGCAGGGUGAGCUGAUCCAGAGAUGCCAGCAGUUGCAGUCCCGCCUAUCCACCCUAAAUAUAGAGAAUGAAGAGGUGAAGAAGACGAUGGAGGCCACUCUGCAGACCAUCCAGGAUAUGGUGACCAUUGAGGACUAUGAUGUGACCGAUUGCUUUCACCACAGUAACUCAAUGGAGUCGGUCAAGUCCACUGUGUCUGAAUCUUUUAUGAGCAAACCCAGUCUGGCCAAGAGACGAGCAAACCAGCAGGAGACAGAACAGUUCUACUUCACGAAACUGAAGGAGUUUCUUGAGGGCAGGAACCUCAUCACCAAGCUACAGGCUAAACAUGACCUGAUUCAGAAGACUCUGGGAGAAAGUCAGAAGACUGACUACUGCCUUGCCAGCGGACGGAGGAACUCCACUGUGCGAAAACAGGAGUCUAUCCAAUUUAUUCCCCUGAUGGUGGAGAGUUGUAUUCGCUUCAUCAGUCGACAUGGUCUCCAUCACGAGGGCAUAUUCAGAGUCUCUGGCUCCCAGGUGGAAGUCAAUGACAUUAAGAAUGCCUUCGAGAGAGGUGAGGACCCACUGGCUGGGGACCAGAAUGAUCAUGAUAUGGACUCCAUCGCUGGAGUCUUAAAGCUGUAUUUCAGAGGCCUGGAAAACGCCCUCUUUCCAAAAGAAGUCUUCCAUGACCUCAUGUCAUGUGUCUCCAUGGAGAACCUCCUGGACAGAGCUGUCCACAUCCGCAAAGUCUUGCUGGCUUUGCCCAGCAACACCCUGGUUAUCAUGAGAUACCUGUUUGCUUUUCUCAACCACCUGUCCCAGUAUAGUGACGACAACAUGAUGGACCCCUACAACCUGGCAAUCUGCUUCGGCCCCACUCUCAUGUCUGUACCUGAGGGCCACGACCAAGUCUCCUGCCAGGCACAUGUAAACGAGCUAAUCAAAACCAUCAUCAUUCAACAUGAGAGCAUCUUCCCCGGUCCCAGUGAGCUGGAGGGACCCAUUUAUGAGUGUGGAGGAGCCACUGAAGAAUACUGUGAUAGUCAACACAUUGAGCCCCCCCUAGUGGAUGAGCCUGCACCUGACACCACCUCUGAAAUUCACAACAGUGAUGAUGUAAAGUCAGGGUCCUUGAACGUUUCAGAGUCGGACCCCAUCGAGGCCAUCGCACGUUUUGACUUCUCUGGACGCACCAAUCGUGAGCUUACCUUUAAGAAGGGGGCGUCUCUGCUGUUGUACCACCGUGCCUCUGAGGACUGGUGGGAGGGUCGCCACAAUGGCACAGAUGGACUAGUGCCGCACCAGUACAUUGUAGUGCAGGACAUGCCGGAUGGAUAUACAGGCAGAGGAAGUCCCAAAGCUGACCUGGAGGCAUCCCAUGAAGCUAUGGAAGAGAAGGUGUCCACAAGAGCCAGUGCCAGCUCGCCCAUCGGAGGCCAUGUGGCUGAUAUCUACCUGGCCAACCUGAACAAAUUGAGGAAACAUCCAGAAGCGACCAGUAUCCGUAGAACAUUCCGGCCAGUGGAGGGGCUGGGAGAGGGCUCUUCCGGUGCAGCAGGGAGUUUAAAGACCACCUCCAUGCCUGCAGGAGGACUGCCAAAAGAGGGGACGGACAAGCGUCCAGUCAGUGCUCACAGCAUCCUGAACUCCAUCACCCGUCACUCUUCUUUGAAGACUAAGGUCGAAGGACCUCAGCUCCGUAAGAGCACGCCUGCAGGACGAUCCAAGAGUUUCAGCAACCACAGACCCCUGGAUCCAGAGGUCAUCGCUCAGGUGGAGCACAGCUCACAGGACAUUGAGGCAACGAUGAACACAGCUCUAAGUGAGCUGCGAGAGCUGGAGAGGCAGAGUAGCGUCAAACACACUCCUGACAUUGUGCUUGACACUCUAGAGCAGCUAAAAAGCGGCGGGGCGUCUGAGCCCUCCAGCCCCCUCCACUCCCGCCUGCUCCGCGAGGCCGACUCCUCCCAGCAUCCUCUGCAGCGCAGCGUCAGCUCAGCCAGCGACAUGCCCUCCACCUUCCGGCCCAUCAAGAGCACCGGACCCAAGUCCCCUUUGUCAUCCAUGUCGGUCACAGGUCUCUCUGCUUCUGGCUCCACCUUCAGAGAUAGCAAGCCCCCAGCCACCAAGCCCAAGCCCGUGGUUUUCCCAAAGAGCGGUUCUGCCGGGGGCAGUCCAGCGAUGGGAUCCCCGACCACCACCAUACCCCCAACACCUCCACCCCCUCCACCACCCAACGACAAGUCCUGCCCGGUCUGAGGGUUACCAACCUCUGUUUCUUAGUACUUCUGAGAACAUCCUCAGAAAUGAUAUUUACUUUUUAGGAUCUUAAUGGACAACUGCAGACUCUAAAUGAUAUUGGAAUGCUUGCGUGAAUUUGUGUGUGAAGAACUGAUGAUAUACAUAUGUGGAAAUAUUAGAGGAAUUUUACAGCACUGUUUUAGUUUGGACAUCACCAGUCCAUAUUUUCUAAUCCCAAAAUAGUGUUCUGGAGUUGUUUUUCUCCUCUGUGUAGACUGAUUUUGUUUAUGGGCAAGGGCUGAAACCUUGAGGACAAAAGAACAGUGGAUAUCUUUUCUCUCCCCCUCAGUCUUAAAGUGGAGCUGGUUUUAGUGAGACCACAGAAGAAGCAGCAAACUUGAAGCAGGUUACUCGUAGUAAACUCAUUCCAUCAACUGACCUUUUGCUAAGCUCUGCCCCCCUUGGUUACAGUUGCUCACUCUGACAAGCUUUGCAGAACCCCCCAUAGGAAUGAACGGCAGAUUGCCGUGAAUGGCGCUGUUUUUGGCUAAAAAUUCUCAGAAAUGGAUUUGACAAUAUUCUUACAUGCACUGGAAUGAAGAAUGAUAUUGUAAAGCAUAUUAAUCUGACAUUUUUUAUAAAAGAAAUUGUUAGAUUACACAGUAAUUUGAUUGAAAACUGUGGAUACUGAGUAUCUGAAUCAAGGCAAACGAUCAUCACAGUCACAUAUCCUCUUUAGGUACCUCAUUUCACUAUUAAAAGUGACACAGCAACAACAUGUUUUACAUCUUUUUUGGAUUAUUUUGAUAAAAUCCCACUAAAAACUGCUCAAACACACAUCACUCCCACAGGCUCUCAUUGGAAAAUAGCAAAUGCAUGUCAGAGAAAUGGCAAUACCGGCAACAGUUGCUAAGACAGGAUUGGCCAGAAAUGCUUUUAAGGCGGGGCUUAGCGAAAGGUCUGUUGAAUUGAGUAAUGGUGUCUCCAAAACUUGUGUUAUUAAAUUCACUUAACUUGUUGUUCAUAUAGAAUGAACUUUACUAUUUAAGUUAAUGUAACUAGAUACAAGUAGACUUUUCUCAGAUUUGCCAUUUAUACAUUGUUGUUUCUACUUAAUAAUUUUUGUUAAAUUGAAUUUAGAUCAUACAAUAACCACUAAAAUUUUUAUUUUAAUUUUUUUCUCCCCAAUUUGGAAUUCCCAAUUCCCAAUGCGCUCUUAAGAACUUGUGGUGGCGUAGUGAAACGCCUCAAUCUGGGUGGCGGAGGACGAAUCUCAGUUGCCUCCACGUCUGAGGCCGUCAAUCUGCACAUCUUAUCAUGUGGCUUGUUGAGCAUGUUACCGCGGAAUCAUAGCGCGUGUGGAGGUUUUAAGCUAUUCUUCACGACAUCCACGCACAACUCACCACGCGUCUCACCGAGAGCGAGAACCACAUUAUAGUGACCGUGAGGAGGUUACCCCGUGUGACUCUACCCUCCCUAGCAACCGGGCCAAUUGGUUGCUUAGGAGACCUGGCUGGAGUCACUCAGCAUGCCCUGGAUUCGAACUCGCGACUCCAGGGGUGGUAGUCAGCAUCUUUACAACUGCUCACAUUUUUAAGAAUAUUAUAACCGAUUCAAGGUCAAUCAUUAAAUCAGGGCUCGAAAUUAAGCAUUGUAAUGUGCUUGUCCUCCAGACAAGUAAAUUGGUCAUUCAAAGUAAAAAAAAAAAAAAGUUACUUUUUUUAAGUUACAUGCUCAAGUAAAAUGUCAAAAUUUAUGACCAAUGCCCAACCUAAUAGUGUACCUAUGCAAUCUACUAAAUUCUCUGUGCCAGAAAUGUAAACUGCACUGAGUAGGGGAGGAGGCUAUUGUCAUAUGGUAAUUAUUUUAUGUUACAUAUGGUAGUCAAAUAAAGGAAAGCCUCCAUCACCUUCAUUAACAGCAGGGGCGCUCACACUGCUAUGGAAUGAGAUCUUUUUUUUCAUCAUGUUAUUGCAGCAAGAUCUACCAUGUACAAUAAAGGCUAUACAUUAUCACAAAACGAAAAUUUCUAGUCAGUAAAGAAAUUUGCCGAUUCUCAAUCCCAGCUUUAAUACCACAACAAAUAAUAACACUAACUAAUAUGUUAAUUAUGGAAGAAUGAUUUCAAUUUCUUAAGUAAUUAUUCAAGACUAGUAAACAGUAAUAAAAUAACAAUAAAAAAAAGCAAUGUAUAGAAAUAGAUUAAAAAUAAUAGAACAAAAAAAUACAAAUUAAGAAAAUUCAGUGCUUUUUUUAAACAGCUUUUUUUUGGGGUGGGGGGGAUUUUCCCCUUUUUCACCCAAUUUUGGAAUGCCCAAUUCCCAGUGCGCUUUUAAGUCCUCGUGGUCGCGUAGUGAUUCGCCUCAAUCCGGGUGGCGGGGGAUGAAUCCCAGUUGCCUCCGCGUCUGAGACCGUAAACCCGCGCAUCUUAUCAUGUGGCUUGUUGAGCGCAUUGCCACGGAGACAUAGCGCGUGUGGAGGCUUCGCGCAAUCCACCGUGGCAUCCGCGCUCAACUCACCGCGCGUCCCACCGAGAACAAACCAAAUUAUAGCGACCACAAGGAGGUUAACCCGUGUGACUCUACCCUCCCUAGCAACCGAGCCAGUUUGGUUGCUUAGGAGACCUGGCUGGAGUCACUCAGCACACCCUGGGAUUCGAACUAGUGAACUCCAGGGGUGGUAGCCAGUGUCUUUUACACUUUUUUAUCAGCUUUAAAGGUUUUUAACAGCAGUAGGCUAUUAAGUUUUCAAGGAAACUUUUAGAAUGAAAUGCAACAUAAAACUACUACUGGUCUUCACUGUAUGAUUAUAAUACAUUCAUACUUUUUAAAGCUACUAAAGUUACUCAGUCAAGAGCAGUGCGUGUUUUCUCGUUUUCUUGUUAUGGUUGUUUGAUUAUUAUAAUGACACACUAGACAGCAGCAGGUCUAUUAGCUUACAUUUAUACUUACAAGUCUGACAUUUUAAUACAAAUCCGCUUUUUUCUCCACUGUUUACGUUCACUUUAGACAUUACUGUCUGUGUUUACAUGAAUACCUCUCCAAGACGGUCAUUUUGGCAGAAUUUUAAACCGUUCAGGUGCGCAUUAGCGCGAGCAUUUUCGGAACACGCGCAUGUUCAGCACACAUAUAACGCCUGUCAAUCAAACAGGGCACAGCUGUUACUAGAUUGCUAGCGAAUUAUAAAAUGACGUGCUCUGGAUUACUUCUGAUAACAGCAGAAUAAGAAUAUGAACUUUUAAUAAGUGACACAGGCCUAGGCUAUCACAAAUAUAGCUGGUACUUUUUUUGUUAUUGAUGUUUUAAUCAAUCUGCUUGUCUGGUUGGGCAAGUAAGAUUCUCUUUCACUUGCCCCUUCAAAAAUCUACUAGUCCUGGACAAGCGUUAAUGUCGAGCCCUGAUUAAAUCAACUUAAUUCUCCACUCAGAUACAUAGAUACCUGUACUUCAGUUGCACAUGCAAAAGGUAAACUGAAAUAGAGUUAACAGGGUCCAACUUGACCAAAGGGGACACAGAUAGGCAACAAAACAAAAGAGCUGAAUCCUCUAUGAAUUCUUAAUUACAGCUAUUUAAAUGACCAAGGAAACAUAAUUAAAUAGUUGCACAAGGGAUUCCCCAUAGCCUCAACUUUCUUAAGUCUAGCCUAUAGAUUUUUAAGAGAAAUACUUUCAAGAAACUUAGAUACUUGAGUAAUGAGCCAAAACAUGACAUUUCAAGUAAUGUUUAAUUAAUUGUUCCAGUAAUGACAGCAGUAGGGUUUACAGUGUAACAACUUUGCAGAUGUUCAAAUCUUUGUCUGUCUUCUCUAUUCAUCCAUAACUCUUUUAUUCAAUAAUCAGUAGUUACAGUUUAUUUAUCACUGUAUUGCACUAUAGUCUACAUCUGCACAGAGAAUCUGGUUUGAAAAGCUCUAAAAAUUCUACAUACUACAGUAGAUAUCAAGUAACAUAAGAUUGACGUAGCCUAGCAAUGCUGCUUCUCUGUUUGCGAAUCUUGCCAUCGAUAGGCAAAGCAUGAAAUAUUAUACCAGCAAACUAGUACUGACAAACCUGUAAACCAGCCUCACUGGGUAUUUGCAUGGUGAAUGCACUCAUGCUUCCCUGGCAAACUGAUUUAUUUCCUUCAUCUUUGUUAGUACUAUUAAGUCAGUGGUCACUUAACAUUGCAAAAAAGGGGGUAUUGUUUUAAAUACAUUUAAUAAUCAUGAUUAGAACUGGAAAAAAUAUCUAAAAGGAGGAAUGUCCUGUUAAGCACAACAUUAUUUCCUCACCAGUUGCUAAUAAAAAAUAAACAUAGAGCAAAGAAAAACAAUUUUAUUACAUUUUCCUUAGGUCAUUAUUCACAACUGGGUUUGCAUCAUUGUAACUACUGUAUGUAUUAGUAUGUGUGUUGUACGUAUGUAUAUUAUGAAUCUUAGCAGCCUAUAACAGCAGCUUUUAGAGACUUCCAGCUUUACAAUGCAAAAAAGGUAAAGACUUUACCCACCUCAUAGGAUACAAACAAAUUAAAGGGAGACACUUGCAAAAAAAAAAAAAAAAAAAAAAUUGUCAAUAUCUCCCUAUUGAAUGGCUUUACAUGAUCUGAAAGAUACCAUGCACCUGGUGGAAAGAAGCUGAAAGGGGAGAAACGCGUGCAACAGAGAAUCUCGGGGCAACAAUGUAUAACUUUUACAGUUCAAUGCUCCGUUUGCUGUGGCAAAAUCUCAUUUUCAGCUUUCUGAAGCCACUCUGUUGUUUAUUUGACAAUCUAAGUCCUUCAUUUGUUGCUUGUCCAAAAUCCAUCCAAGAACUAAAUUACUCUUCACACGGUUUCCCUGCUUACACCUUGAAAAGAUCGGACAAGCCUGUAUUUUCCAAAGUGAAGCCUUAUUAUUAAGAUCUGAGAGAAUGAGCCAGUAAAAAAGGUGGUUUGAAAGUAUCCAAGUUCUGUAGCCUGCUUCACUUUGAAGCAUUUCUUCACUUUACAAGCCCUGUUACGUACAGUCUUACAUGCAUGACUGACUGUGACUAUAUCCUGGAAAAUAUCUAUGGACAGACCAAGCUGCAUUUUUUUUUUUUUUUUAGUAAAGUCAACUUUUUUUGAAGACAAGCCUUUUCCUAACAUGUUAUAUUCGGAACUGUUUAAUGUGUUGUCGUGUUGCGUUCUGAAAAAGUCUUAACAGGUGGUUACAUUUGUUCUUGUGUUAAAUGAUUGGAAGUAUUCUGUAUGUGUUGUUCCUGAUACCUCAUAAAGGCAACUGGAAACUGUCUAAUUGGAGUUUGGAAUUUGUGGUGGGACUUUUACAUGCAAAUUGCAGCAGGUAACUCAUGGAAACUGCUUUAUGAUGUUUAAUGUGUAUUGUCAAUAGUAUGCUGUUGGCUGAGGCCUCCGUUUACAUACUUUUUCUUUUUUUCUUUCUUUCUUUCUCCAAUUUGGUAAAAAUAAAUAAAUAAAUAUACACUUGAAAAGGCAUUGUAUGUUUGUAAACAAAUUAAAUGUUGGGGACGAUUUUCUUUCUUUUUUUGUAAUCAUAACUAUUGUUAAAAUGUAAUUCCUGUCUAGUUUAAACAAGACUGUAAAUGUUGAAUUGUCUUGUCAAAUAUAUUUAUAGUUGUCCAUUCUGAUAUCUGUUAACAGAGAAACCUGUGUUUAGAUGUACUUUGUAUAUACAAUAGUGUACAUUACAGAGGUACAUUCUUUUUCUUUUCUUUUUUUGGUACAAUAUUGUACAGUUACAGCAAUAGUAGUUGCCACUCAAAUAUACAUUAUAUGAUUCCUUGUGUAGUUCUUGUAGUAAACAUUUCUAAAUAAAAAUUGCUUGCUAUACAUGU